CGUUACUGAGACGACUCGCGAAGCUUCGUAUAUAUUUUAGGGCUUGCUUGUAGUUUUAUUUCGUCGUCUCGGCUCUUGUCUCUCCCGUCCUUGGUCGCCAAAGAGAGACACCGUUCGGAGUCUUCGAUUCCCCUUCCAUCGAAUCCCGACUACUACUGUGCGGGAAAUCGGCUGCGGGGUGGUCAGUGCGUUCUCGAUUUCCUCUCCUCGACGCUGCUUUCUCGGCUUUUAUCAGGUCCUUAAAGUAAUCUUCUCCAAAACCGUUGAACAUCAGUAAUGUUGUAGCAAACUAAUGCAUGGCCUUGUGCACCUCGAACCAGAAGGAUUAUGCUGCCAAGCCCCAUCCUUUGUACUUGCGGGACAUUCAGUUUGAUUGCAACUGGGAAGAUGUGACACGCCCAAUCUGUUUGGAUUUCCCUCACAAUGGGGUUCUUCUCUGGUGGUCUUCUUAUGAGAAGGGGAUGUCGACCUUUCAUCUGUGGAAGCAUGAUCAACUAAACACCCCUACUCCUACCCUUCAAAAAUACAACCCUGCACGACAACUUGACCAGGAAAAUUUUCAGCAGCCCUCACAGAUCAUAGAUGUCUUGAGAACUACACAUUCAGAAGUACCCCAUGGAGUGGCUUUAGGUGAGUACGUCAUCGAACAUGGGGAUGCAGAUGUCAGAGAUGAGCAUGAAGGUUUUCCUCGGAGCAGGGGUAACUGGUGGGACUCCUGCAUAUUCUUUAAGGGAUUGCAUAGGGGUUCAAGAAACUGGCACAGAUCAAGAGAAAGUGGAAGAAACAGGGUCACUGUUCAAAUUCUGAUGGUUCAAAUCUAGGUAAUGAGUCCACAAAUCUGUAGAUAUAAGAGAAUGCAGAUUUGUUGAAACCGAUGACGAGCUUGCGAGAAUAGGUGCUGGUGCAGCAACAUCGGACAGUGUUAUGAUGAUUUCAGAACGGAGGGUUGCCUAGGCCAAGUGAUGGUACCAUGCCAAAGUCUACUCAACCACAUGGUAUUACGCGUGCUUUAUUUUUAUUUUUUAUUUUUUAUAAUAGGUCUGGCCAAGAAGUAUAAUAGGUCUUGCAUAUAUUUUUUCCAUUAUUACUUGUAUGUUAUUUUUUUAAGUUCUUAUUUGAAUUAGCUAGAAAUAGUUCUUAUUUGAAUCCAGUAAAUUAUGAUUGAUCCCAACAAUUAGUGUUAAAUAAUUUAGUCAAAUGAAUUUUGAUGGUACGUGGGAUACUAGAUUGUAAGUAGAGUUAGGUUGAGAGUAUGAAUAGUG